CUUAAAACCCAAACUCGAUAUACACUCUGCGUUUUCUUUCUCCAAAAUUCAGGCUUUAAGCUCCUUCUACCAAUCCCUCAACCCAAAGCUCCUCCUUUACCAGCUCCCCCAACGUUCAAACCCAUGGUAGAUCUCCAUCCUCAGACUCACGGCAAAGACUCUCCUUCCUCAGACCCACGACAGAGCAUCCAAAGAAUCAAAACCUACCAUACCCAUCAUUCCCACAAACCAACAUAUAUCUCCUUCCUCAGACCCACGGCAAAGACCACUACCACAAGCCACAAACCACCCACAAGCCACGUAGUCUGAUGCGGCUUCAAAUAUUUUGUUGGGUAAAUGCGGCUUCCUCAGACCCACGGCUUCAAUCUUUAUCGGGAAAAGGAAACUGGGUAGGUGAUUAUUUCAAGAAACAACAAAGGAUCCUUGAAGGUUGUUUGGGAAAAGGAAACCGGGUAGCUGAUUAUUUCAAGAAACAACAAAGGAUCCUUGAAGGUUGUUUGGGCAGGGAUUUGACAUUUUGUUAUCUGAGUUAUUUGGUAAUACAACUACAAGACGAGGACAGUCAGGGAUUUACUAGUCUUUCAUUUAUUUUGUACUGUUUAUUGCAUAUUUAUUGGUAAUAUGUUUCUAGAAAGAAUUUGAAAUUGGAAUAUGGUUGCAUAUUUAUUUUUUGAUAAGCCAAUACAUGCACUUAUAUUAUAUGAAUUUACACUGUAACAUUGGAAAAUAAAGCUUACAGUUUGGGGUUUAGUUGCAAAUCAAGUUGAGGAGAGCUUCUUUACUGAAAAUCCAGGCCCUUUUAUCAUAAUAGCUACAUGUUUGACUGUCAAGACUU